CGAGCCGCCCAUGACGCAUUGCAGGUAAACCUCCACCAAUCACAGCCCGCCGAUCCCAGCCUUCGCCGCACAACACCCUCCGCGUACACAUGUAGUUCCCAUUUAUUCCUUUAUUCCGUCAAAUAUGCCAUUUAUUUGAUUUCUAAUGCUUUACUUAAGCUUCCUUAAUGUUAAUACAUAAAGAAAUAGUAGAUUUAUGCGGCAGAAAUUGAAAAUAAAGGGUCUGGUGCAGAGGGUGGCACAAGGCGGUGAUAAGCGGGAGUGUGGAGUGGCGGGAGCUCGCAGUCACCCUGAGACAGUGGUUCCGAGCAGACGUCUGUUCCUUGGCUUGUAAUACACACACUCCCUCAACAUGGCGGACCAACUGACCGAGGAGCAGAUUGCCGAGUUCAAGGAGGCUUUCUCCUUGUUCGAUAAGGACGGUGACGGCACCAUUACCACCAAGGAAUUGGGCACCGUGAUGCGUUCCCUGGGCCAGAACCCCACCGAGGCGGAACUUCAGGACAUGAUCAACGAGGUGGACGCCGACGGUAACGGAACUAUCGAUUUCCCCGAGUUCCUCACGAUGAUGGCGCGUAAAAUGAAAGACACUGAUUCCGAGGAAGAGAUCAGGGAAGCCUUCCGAGUGUUUGAUAAGGACGGCAACGGCUUCAUCUCUGCGGCUGAGCUUAGGCAUGUGAUGACCAACCUGGGAGAGAAACUCACUGAUGAAGAGGUUGAUGAAAUGAUCAGGGAAGCUGAUAUUGACGGUGAUGGUCAGGUCAACUAUGAAGAGUUUGUGAGAAUGAUGACCUCACGUUAGUGCCUCGUCGUCUGAACUCCCUUCGCCCGUGACUCACCUUCCUAACAUUAGCCUCACCUAGUUCGUCACAAUGAUGACAUCAAAGUGAAGUGAUUGCGCCCACUAAUAUUGUAAACAAAUUUCAAACGAACAGUUUUUUCUGCUUUCCAAUUUAUCUUGUUAAAGGAACUGCUAAAACCCAUUAUAAUAUUAAUAAUAAACGUCACGAUACUGUCUCUUGCUAAAAUCUCGUAUUGCCUUCAUGUACUAUCUGGCUCUGAAGCGCUAGCGUCGGAAACUACGACGACAACCACCACCACCAUCAUGCCGCCGCCGCCACCACCGCCACUGCAAUUACCAACAACUUUCCAUUACCACCACUAUUACUACUACCUAAGCUGCUAUCCAUACAGCCUCCAUGUACAGAACUACUUCCAUCAUUUAGUCUUGUAGCAGCAAUGACCCCUCGCCCUCUGCUGGAGGUAUGGGCGUGGAGGGGUGUGGAGGCGCCUAUAACAAGGGCUGUUGUCGCCCCGUAGUGGUAGCGCAGUUUAUCAAGAUGGGUUGUUGUUCAAGGGACACGCUUCGGGUGGCCGGCCCUCCAGAAAAUGCUCUCAUGUAUAAGUUGUUUAUUAUACAUAAUUACUUCAGUAGUACAGUGUUUGGAAUUCAGAGGGCGGGUUUGUGGUGGCGCCGUAGACGCACCACCAGCCCAGCGCAGCCGCUCCUUGAUGCCAAAGUUGGUGUGCUGGGGUUGCUGCUCGAGGGAGUAACCAGCUUUACACUCUGCUGCUACCAGUAUUUGCACUUCCUGGGAGACACAUCGCUUAUCUGGUGUGUCCAGUGUAGCAGGAGGGCCAGGGCCUGUCCCUGGUACCUCACCCUAACACCUUGGGGGUCUGCCACCCUGCCAGUCUCAACAUCACCGAGCUCUUUCUCUUAUUUUAUGAUGAGUCUUGUCCUGAUUGAAAGCGGAAAGCUAGUUUGUUCUUUUUAUAAACUUAGGAAAUUAUUUUUAUUUAGUUCAAUUUGUUUGUGAAAUGACGGAAGGAGGAACCAAUGCCACCUACCCUGGGUCGGCGGUGGCCAUGUUGUGGACCCUGAUUGAAUUCCUCUUUCUUUAUAUUUUAUUGAAAGUUCACUCAUAGUGACCAUUUUAUAUUGUUUGUCUGAUACAGUGAUGGGGAUGGAGAGGGUGAGCUGUACUUUGUGUUGGUUGAAUGGGGUUGAUACAUUUCCGUAUCAUAUACUUCUUGUUAGCUGUGUCUUUGUCAGUUUUCUUAAAGGAAUAGGAAAUGUAUACAUAUUGCAAAAACAAAAAUGAAGUUGAAAAUUUACUCUUGUACUACAUAAUACUAAUGUAAGGCACAUCAUUAAUUUUUCUUCCCACCUCCUGCAUUGUUUGACACUGUUAAGAUGCCACUGCGUCCUGCCAGUGAGCCUGACCAGUCUGAUGUUUUGAUUACAAUACACCAUGCUCAUUGAUGGUUAUAUUAUUGUGUAGGAAAAUACUAUUCUUUAAAGUAAACCACUCUUUUUUCAUGUCACUUAGAAUAUUAUUUUCCUCAUUCUUUUUAGCCAAUGUGGCAUUGUUGGUUUUUGAAGCUUAUCUGGGUCUCAUCAGUUGACAGAAGGUGUGUAGUCAUGCUUGUGUUGUGUUCUCAGCACCCAGGGUGGCCAAAUCCUGCCCAUCCCGGCUCAAGCUUGGGAGUGUAGGUAGGACAUGGUACCUUCCCUGCAGGCUAUUUUAGAUUCAUUUGGGGGAACCUUUUUAUUGGUGGUGCGUGGCGGUAGUUCUGUUGUGUAUCUGUAUCAACUGUGACGCGACCAAACUCCGCUUCGCGAUGAACAUUCCUUUAUGCUGCUAUGUUUGUGAGGGGCGUGGCGUGUUCAGAUGGCUGCCUCGCCCAUCUUGUUUUAGUGUGGUUGUAAGGUGAGCGGGGAGCCCCGAGGAGAGUUGGACCACCCCUGUUUGGGGAAGGGGGAGAGGGAGGCUGGGUCAAGAGGUAGUGGUAGUCUCUGCUGCUGCUGCCUCCCCACCCGUCACCACCCACUGCUGCCUCCACGGCUCUCCUCGCCGCCCCCCGCGCCCCCCAGACCCUCUCAGCUGGUGAGACCCGGAGCCGCAAGAAGUUCCCCACCACCACCCAGCAGCACCGCCUGCAGUGUGAUGCUACAUGUGGGUGGUGUCGCCCCGCCCAUCACCACCAGAGUGAUCCUCUUAUUAAUAUCGUGGUCGAGCCUGUUACACACUUUUCUUUUCAACCAUUGCACCCUCAUGCUCCCACCCUUGAGCUCCCACCACAAUGGCAUGGUUGGAGGUCAUGGCUGCUCGAACAGUGCUAUAAGUCAAAUUGGGAGCCGCCACGGUUUCUCAGUCCUAAUGGCAGUGAUAAAUCUUAUCGGACAUCCAACGAACGCUGGGUGCGAAGCAAUUAUCGUCCUUUUCUCCUGCUCCCCGGCAUGAUGUGUGGGGUGCUGGGGGCGUCCGGCCGGCCAGGUGGUGGUGGGGGCGGGGCGAGGAUCACUGGCGGUGCUGGGUGGUGGUGGCGGGCCGGGCCACUUCACCCCACCACCAGGACGCAAUUAGUAAUUUGAGGACCUGAUGUCAUGUUGUAUUGAAUAAAAAAGACCAAGAAA